CCUUUGCUCGAAAGCCCAGAUCAUAACUUUCUGAUUUCCUCCAACAGAUCCAGCUUCGUACAGAUUCAGAAACAGAAGAGAUCUUAAAGAAGAACACUGUCACAUGGCUUCUUUACAGGCCUCUAAUCUUGUGCUGUCUUCUUCUUCAAAGCAAAUCCAUGCUGCCAUAUCUGUCCCCAAGCUUCCCUCAAUCCGGUUUUCAGUUCCAAAAGUACCAGCAACCAAAGUAUUGUCUGAGGAAUUGAAUGCUAGGGAUGGGUUCAUCAGCACAGUCCCAAUUGAAAAGUAUAUCACUAGAACAACAUUGGUUCAAGAAAGCUCAUCCUUUUCAAUGGCUACCAUUCAGCUUUAUGCUCUCUUAGAGGCUGUUGCUGAUAGAGUGGAGAUGCACAGCAAUAUCGGCGAACAACGCGAAAACUGGAACACCCUUCUGCUUAAUUCCAUUAACAUGAUCACUCUCACUGCCGCAACCAUGGCUGGCGUCACAGCAACCGGCGGCGCUGGGGUUUCUAUUUGGGGUUUGAAGUUGGCAUCCACUCUCUUGUUCUCCACAGCCACGGGAUUGUUGGUUAUGAUGAACAAGAUCCAACCCUCCCAACUUGUGGAAGAGCAACGUAACGCGACAAGAUUGUUCAAGCAGCUUCAGAGCCAAAUACGAACCCAACUUGCUGUUGGUUCUCCAAGCAAAGAAGACGUAAAAGAUGCUAUGGAGAAAGUCUUGGCCCUUGAUAAAGCUUACCCUCUUCCCUUGCUUGGUGUAAUGCUUGAAAAAUUCCCAGCAAGUUUAGAGCCUGCUGUUUGGUGGCCUAAAAACCAGUCUCCAAAAACAAACAAAUCACAAGAAACAAAGCACUUCAAUAGAAAGGUAGAGAACAAUGGAUGGACCGAAGAGCUAGAAACAGAAAUGAGAGAAAUCGCUGAGGUGAUUAAGAGAAAAGACAGCGAAGAUUAUGAGAGACUAGGCAACAAGGCAUUGAAGAUCAACAAAGUUUUAGCUAAAUCAGGGCCAUUACUAACUGGAAUUGCAGCUCUAGGGUCUGCCUUCAUGGGGUCUUCCAAUGGGCCCUGGGCAGCAAUAGUGGCAGCUGUUGCAGGAGCUUUAGCGUCCGUUGUCAACACUUUUGAGCACGGUGGCCAAGUUGGUAUGGUGUUUGAGAUGUACAGAAACAAUACCGGCUUCUUCAAACUCGUGCAGGAAUCGAUCGAAUCAAACCUUGACGAAAAUGAUGUGGAGAAAAGAGAGAAUGGAGAGUUGUUGGAAAUGAAGGUGGCAUUGCAGUUGGGAAGAAGCUUAUCCCAGCUAAGAGAUCUAGCCAAGAAAUCCAGUUAUUCUCGUAUAGAAGGAAGCCCCAUUGAUGAAUUUGCAAGCAAGCUCUUCUAAUCUAGAUUCAUCACAACAUGUGCAUAUCUAAAAACAAAAAAAUUCUUUGA